CCAAAACCCGCCAGCAAACCCCCGCUCUCUGCAUGAGCCACACGCGUCUCUCUCCUUUCUCUUCAUAAACCCCACAUCUUCCACGCACCAACACUCAAAACAAAAGAAAAAGAACAAAAAAAAAUAAUGGGAAGAAGAAGAAGCAGCAGGAGCAGAGCAUUGAGCCUUCUGGUUCUGGGCCUUUUGCUGUGCCAUGGAUUGCUGGGAAUGGCGGUGGGCUACGAUGAAGAAGAGGAGGAUUGGAGGAGGGAAAGGGAAAGGGAAGAAAAGAGGAGGGAAAGGGAGGAGGAAAGAGGAGAGGAUUUUGAGCCCUUCUUGUUGAAGGACUCAAAGCAUGUGGUGAAGACUGAUGCAGGGGAAAUGAGAGUGGUGAAGAGUUUCGGUGGUAGAUUUGUGCAAGGUCCCAUGAGAAUUGGGUUUAUCAUGAUGGAGCCCAAGACACUUUUCGUCCCUCAGUAUCUUGACUCCAGUUUGAUCAUCUUCAUUCGCAGAGGAGAAGCAAAAUUGGGGUUUAUAUACAAGGACCAACUAGCUGAGAGAAGAUUGAAGAUCGGAGAUGUGUAUAGGAUUCCAGCUGGGUCAGCAUUUUACUUGGUCAACACAGGGGAAGGCCAGAGACUUCAUAUUAUUUGUAGCAUUGACACUUCUGAGAGUUUGACCUUUGGAUCUUUUCAGUCUUUCUUUGUUGGUGGAGGAAUCAACCCAACAUCUGUACUUUCUGGAUUCGACUCUGAAAUACUCGAGAACGCAUUCAACGUUACACAUGCAGAACUGAAGGAGUUCUUGACCAGCCAGCAAGAAGGUCCAAUAGUAUACAUCUCAGACUCUCGCUCACCGAAACUUUGGUCGAAGUUUCUGGAGCUGAAAGAGAGUGAGAAGCUGGAACACCUGAAGAAAAUGGUGGGCUUUGAUGAUGAAGAAGAAGAAGAAGAAUAUUCUGGUGGUGAGAAAAAAGAAGAAGAAAUUUGGUCGUGGAGAAAGUUGUUGGGUUCAGUGUUCUCUAACAGAGAGAAGAGACCUGAAGACGUUAAGGGCAAAGGAAAGUCUCCCGACUCUUACAACCUAUACGACAGAAAACCAGACUUCAAAAAUAACUACGGUUGGAGUGUUGCCUUGGACGAGACUUCUUAUUCCCCACUCAGAAAAUCUGGCUUUGGCGUGUACCUUGUCAAUCUCACCGCGGGAUCAAUGAUGGCCCCACACAUAAAUCCAAGAGCAACAGAGUUCGGAAUAGUGUUAAGAGGGUCAGGGAACAUACAAAUCGUGUAUCCAAACGGGUCUCUAGCGAUGAACACCGACGUGAAAGAAGGCGACGUGUUCUGGGUUCCGAGGUACUUCCCGUUCUGCCAGAUCGCGUCACGGACCGGGCCAAUGGAGUUCUUUGGGUUCUCGACCUCGGCCCGCAAGAACCGGCCCCAGUUCCUGGUGGGGGCCAGCUCCAUCCUCCGGUCCAUGAGGGGCCCAGAGCUCGCCGCCGCUUUCGGCUUGACUGAGGACAGGCUUCGCAACAUCACCGACGCCCAGCGUGAAGCUGUCAUCUUGCCGUCGCCAAUGGCAGCGCCGCCGAUCCAGGCGGAGAAGAUUCCUGAGCUUAUUAAAACCUUUGGGAGUGAUCUUUGAUUGUGGGAUUCGUGUUUAGAAAUAAGCUUUUCUUUUCUUUGGUUUUGUUCUUUGUUCUUUUUUAUUUAUUCUGUGUAGGGUUC